CCGCGGCCGCUCUGCGGGCCCGGCCCCUCCGCCCGCGCCUCUGCGGGCACGCCGCCGCCGUCGCCGGCGCGAGCGCAUGGCAUGUCGGACGGCACCUUGCGCGGCACGAAAGACGGCCUCUGUGCGUUCUGCUACUCGAGGGCGGCCGACAAGUGCUCGAAGUGCAAGGUCCGGUGGUAUUGCUCGGCCUUCUGCCAGCAGAAGGACUGGAAGCUCGGCCACAGGGGCGACUGCGGCCUCGGGGACAUCCCCCAGGCGACGGUCCCCGCGCCGCCCCCGCGCCUGCUGCCGGAGUCGGUGAGCCGCCCGGUGAUCAGCGACUCGUCUUGGCGCAGGCUCCUCGACGCCUCCGACGCCGGCCCGCCGAAGGGCCCCGCCCGCGGGCUGCGCAACCUGGGCAACAGCUGCUACGUGAACUCGGUGCUCCAGGGGCUCUUCCACGGCUCGCCCCUGCUGCUGGGCGCCUGCCGCGAGCACUGGGCCUCGUGCGGCGGCGGCGGCGCCACCGCCUGCGCGGCCGGGGGCGCCCGGGCCAGCAUCAACGGCUCCACGGGCUGCUUCCGCUGCGACCUCGAGGCGGCCGCCCUGGACCCGCGGGGCGACGAGGUUGGGCCCUCGAACGUGGUGCGGUGGCUCCCGCGCCUGCACGAGGACUUCACCCUCGGGAUGCAGGAGGACGCGCACGAGUUCCUGCGCAGCGUGCUGCGGCUGAUAGAGGACGAGGAGCUCCGGGAGCACGCCCAGGGCCUGCGGCGAGCCGCCGCCACGGACUCCGGCACGGCCUCGUCCUCAUCGGCCGCGCCCGAGCCCAACGCCGACUUGACCGCCUCCCCCAGCCGCCUCUUCGGCGGCCUGCUGGUGUCGCAGUGCCAGUGCACCAACAGGGACUGCUGCGCGUCCAGCUUCUCCUUCGAGAGCUUCCAGGACCUGUCUUUGGACAUCACGGAGGUGACGGACAGCGUGGAGGAAGCACUACGCCUCUACACGGCGCCAGAACGGUUGGACAAGAAGAACGGUUGGAGGUGCGAGCAGUGCGCGGAGGUGGUGCGAGCACGGAAGCAGAUCACGAUAUACUCUGCCCCGAAUUCCUUGGUGCUGCACCUGAAACGCUUCCGCUACGAGACUCGCGGGAAGGUCACAAAGCCGGUGGCGUUCGGCGCCGAGCUCAACCUCCGCCCCUUCCUAUGCGCCGGUUCGCCGGAGGCUGCGGGGCCGCUCAUGUACGACUUGCGGGUGGUUGUCGUGCACCUUGACAAGCUGGGCUACUCCCACUUCGGCCACUACGUGGCAUACGUGCGCUGCGCGUCGGAGGGAGGGGGCUCCAGUUGGCACCUCCUCGACGACAGCCAGGCCACCGAGGUGCCAGAGGCGGAGGUUCUCCGCCAGCAGGCCUACAUGCUCAUCUAUGCCCGCGCCGGCCAGCGCGCUGGGGCCGAGGACGCCGUGGCGGCGCUGACGCUGCAGCGGGCCCGCUCGGGCGCCGAAGCGUCCGCCGCUGACGGCGCGGCGAGCGCCCUGCCCCGCAGGUGCAGGGGCCUCCGCGGCGCCGUGUGCAGCUUCUUCGCGGGGUGCGACGGCCUCUGCACGAGGUGCUACCAGGAGGAGCACGGCCGGGAGCCGCCCGCGCCCGCCACGGCGCUGCCCCCGCCGCCGGCCGCGGCCCUCAAGGUCGCCAAGGCGGCCGCCCCCGCCGCUGCUGCCCCCAAGGCCGCGGGCAAGUCAGCGCCUGGCAAGGCCGCGCCCGCGGCCAGCGCCUCUGGCAGCGGCAAGGUGAAGAAGGUCGGCGCCAACGAGCAGUGCCCGUGCGGCAGCGGCAAGAAGUACAAGAAGUGCCACGGCGGUCUGGACGGGGAGGUGGCACAGGUGGUGGGCAUUUGCUCCACGACCGCAGGGUCGCAUCGAGUCCCCCCGCAGGACGCGGCCACCGAGACUCAGGGCCAGUGCCGCGCCUGGGUGGACGAGGCGCUCGGGCGCCUGGAGGACCUGGCGCUCAGGAUGCGCGAGAGAUUCUCCGCGGUCACGGCGGACAUCCACGCCGGGCGCGAGCAGGUCGUGCAGGACGUCAUGGCGAGCGUCGGGGCCCGCAUGGAGGAGGAGCUCGCCCCGAUCGGCCGCCGCUUCCAGAAGGUCUCCGAGAAGCUCGCCGACUGCAGCGAGGUGGAGGCGCGCGUGGACGCGCGCGUGGCCGAGGCCCUGGCCUCCCUGGACGCACGACUCUCCGAGGCGGUGUCCAGCCUCGACGCGCGCCUGGGGAAGGAGAUCAAGGCGCUGCUGCGCGACCAGCAGGAGGUGGCCAGCUCGCUGAGGGCCGACGUGCGGGCGGAGAUGGCCGAGGUGCGGAGCGAGUUGGGCGAGGUGGCCGGACGCGGUGCCCGUGCGCCUGCGAGGGAGGUCCUCCACCAGCCGUGCCCGGGCAACCUGCCGGUGGCCCUCGCGGAGCGGUCCCGCCGCCAGGCCGUCGAGGCGCCCCCAUGGCAGCCGCUGGCUCGCCUCGCAAAGGGCGGCCGCCGGGCUCCGCCGCGGGCCAUGGCCGCCGCGCCCGCGGGUGCGAGGGCGAUGCCGAGCACGGAGUCGAGCGGCGUGCUGGCUCGCCUGCAGGGCACCGUCGCGGAGAAGAAGCAGCAGGUGGCCGCCAUCCAUGCCAAGGCGGAGGCCAUGCGCCUGGCCCGCCUGGGCGGCGGCGAGGCCCCGCCGCCCGCGGGCGCCGUCCCGCGCGCGCAGCCGCCGCCGAGGGGCCAAGUGCCGAAAGCGCCGUCCAAAGCUGGCAGCACCUUCAAGGCGGCGGUCGACGCGGCGGGGCUGAGCGCGAAGGAGAAGGACAAGGAUAAAGACAGGGAUAAGGAAAAGGAGAAGGACAAAGGAAAGAAGGACAAAGACAAAAAGGACAAGAAGAAGAAGGACAAGGAUAAGAAAGACAGGACACACAAGCUUGAGGAGGUCCCCGAGCCUCCACCGAAAGGCUGGAUCAAGAGAUACACUGGGCAUUUCACGCAUCAGUCUUUCGGGCAGACCUCCAUCAGCGUCAGCGUGAAGCUGGAGUCACACGACGCGGGCGUCUGGAUGAUCAUGGGCCAGGUUGUCGACAGCACCGUGAAGGUCAUCCGCGAGGGCGAGCGCAUGAUAUUCAGCGACGGCAUGGUGACUCUUGAUGGCAGGUGCCGGUUGCUGGGGUUCGUGCGCGGCUACACGAUCAUGGAAGGCGAGUGCGGCGGCGCGUUCGUCCUGGCGCCGCUGGAGCCCGACGGCUCCGCGCGGCGGCCCCCCCGCCUGGACCAGGCCACGAGGAGAACGGAGGAGGAGGCAAAGUGGUGGUACGAGGUGACCGAAGAGGUGAUGGAGGAAGAAGAAGACAGCGCGCACCAGCAGCAGCUUCCGGAAGAGCGUCGGCGGCGUGCCAAGACGGUCGCGAAGCUCUGGGUGAAAGCGGACAAGAAG